UACCGCAGUAUCACUACAUUUCUGCACCACUCAUCAAAACUCUGCGGCAUGCAGACUAGAGCUUGGGGGGAGGGCACUUAUUAUUAGGUCCGUCCUGGGUGCUCUCUCAUCAGAUAGGCCACUGUACAGUUUUUUUUUUUACUUUCAUUUCCAACCAUUUGUUCUGCACUGCGCGUUUGGGUCCAUUACUUCAUUAUUAUCUUUACCGGCGUCAGGGCAAUUGUUGCAACCUCUACUGUAGAGCUAUUUUACCGCAACUUUUGGAGGUGUAAAAACUAAUUUAAAUUUAGGACAUAAUGGCAAAGGAUGGAGAAAAAAGCGAGUGGAAGGACUUUGUGUGGAACCCGAGGACCAGGGAGUUUCUGGGCAGAACUGCGAGCAGCUGGGGUCUCAUCAUUCUGUUCUAUAUAGUUUUCUACCUCUUCCUGGCUGGCCUGUUUGCUCUCACCAUGUACAUCAUGCUGCAGACCCUGGACGACCACAAACCCACCUGGCAGGACCGCCUUUCCACACCAGGUUUAGUGAUCAGACCCCAUGCGGAUGACACCUUCGAGAUUGCUUACACCAUUGAGAACACUGAGAGCUGGGACAUGUACGCUCGGGCGCUGGACUCGUUCCUGUCACCUUACAACGACUCCGUCCAGGCCCAGAAAAACCACGAGUGCACCCCGGACCAGUACUUUCUGCAGGAGGACAGCGGCGACGUGAAGAACAACCCAAAGCGCUCCUGUCAGUUCAACCGCACCAUUCUGGAAGAGUGCUCCGGACUCCGUGACCGUUACUAUGGAUACCAGGAUGGCAAGCCGUGCAUCAUCAUCAAGCUGAAUCGGGUGAUUGGGUUGUUGCCAGGAAAGGAUGGGCAGGCUCCGUCUGUCACCUGUGGUGCAAAGAAAUACAAAGUUGGCAAAGAUGAAUGGAGAGACGACUCUGACAAAAUUGGAGAGAUGGUUUACUUUCCUCCAAACGGCACUUUCGAUCUAAUGUACUACCCUUACUACGGCAAGAAAGCUCAGGUGAACUACUCUCAGCCUUUGGUCGCCGUCAAGUUCCUUAACAUCACUGUCAACGAAGACGUCAACAUCGAGUGCAAGAUCAUUGCCAACAACAUCCCCACUGGAACUGAAAGAGACAAGUUUGCCGGUAGAGUGUCUUUCAAGCUGAGGAUCAGCUCCAACAACUAGCCUGACCCCAACUGAAAACUUUUCUCCCUGCCCAGCCCCGACCCGCCACGCCCUGCCCCGCCCUGCCACCAUCUUCUACCCCCACCGCACAUACACAGGAAAAUAAAACCGCAGCGUUCACACCCUUCAUGCAAUUCAAUUGCACCCAGCUUCAAUUUGUCUUGGGGGGGGUUGGGAGGGAGGGAGGGUGAUUGUGCGAGCACCAGAGGGUGGUAAUGCUGUCAUUGUUUCUGUCGGUGAGCGUUCAGGCAAAAUGAUUUUCUGUAAAUUAGUCUGAGGCGACCUCUAUUUAUACUGCAUGAUAAACUAGGGGAUAUAAACAGGAUGUGUUUUCAAACUCUGCCACCAACUUUACCACAUUUACAGCGUCGCUGCUCACCUCCCGCUGCCUCCGCCGAGAUUAUCCCUCUAUAUAUCUGAAUAUACACAAACAACAAUACAAAAAAAGUGUAUAUCUACUGUAUUUAUACAGCAUCAUAACCUUAUAUUGGUCUGUCUUAUUUUGUUGCACUUAAAAGAAUAAUCCCGAAAAACCUGCAUAUAUCUCGAUAGAUGGUUGCAGAGAUGAAGCCAUUUGCAUGUGUGUGCUGUCUUAAGUGUGAUUUAAAGGCACACUGUGUCCCACCUCUCUGUUCUAGUUAUUUAAGGACAGGUUAAGUGACUGACCACCAGGAGGGACCACGAUACAAGCUUUAACCCUCAUGCACUAUGAGUAUGAUUACUUGGAGACAUACCUCCAAGAAAAU